CCUAGUGGCGCUGGGAGAGCUACGUCGGCGUGCGUGGCUGCGCAGCCGCAGUGCCGGGCGAGUGGGCGGGGCCGGCUGUUGGCGGCGGUUGGCGCGGCCCGAGAGGCGGCUGCACGUGCAGGCGGGGGCGAUGCGUCACUGAUCGGAGGAACAAGGAUGAAUAUGACUCAAGCUCGGGUUCUGGUGGCCGCAGUGGUGGGUCUGGUGGUUGUCCUUCUCUACGCCUCCAUCCACAAGAUCGAGGAAGGACACUUGGCUGUGUACUACAGGGGAGGAGCUUUACUAACUAGCCCCAGUGGACCAGGCUAUCAUAUCAUGUUGCCUUUCAUUACUACGUUCAGAUCUGUGCAGACAACACUACAAACUGAUGAAGUUAAAAAUGUGCCUUGCGGAACAAGUGGUGGGGUCAUGAUCUAUAUUGACCGAAUAGAAGUGGUUAAUAUGUUGGCCCCCUGUGCAGUGUUUGAUAUCGUGAGGAACUACACUGCAGAUUAUGACAAGACCUUAAUCUUCAAUAAAAUCCACCAUGAACUGAACCAGUUUUGCAGUGCCCAUACACUUCAAGAAGUUUACAUUGAAUUAUUUGAUCAAAUAGAUGAAAAUCUGAAGCAAGCUCUGCAGAAAGAUUUGAACAUCAUGGCUCCAGGCCUCACCAUACAGGCUGUGCGUGUUACAAAACCCAAAAUCCCAGAAGCCAUAAGAAGAAAUUUUGAGUUAAUGGAGGCUGAAAAGACAAAACUUCUUAUAGCUGCACAGAAACAAAAGGUUGUGGAGAAAGAAGCUGAGACAGAGAGGAAAAAGGCUGUUAUAGAAGCAGAGAAGAUUGCACAAGUGGCAAAAAUUCGGUUUCAGCAGAAGGUGAUGGAGAAAGAAACUGAAAAGCGCAUUUCUGAAAUUGAAGAUGCCGCAUUCCUGGCCCGAGAGAAGGCGAAGGCAGAUGCUGAGUAUUACGCUGCACACAAAUAUGCCACCUCAAACAAGCACAAAUUGACCCCGGAAUAUCUGGAGCUCAAAAGGUACCAGGCCAUUGCUUCUAACAGUAAGAUCUACUUUGGCAGCAACAUCCCUAGCAUGUUCAUGGACUCCUCUUGUGCUUCAAAAUAUUCAGAUGUUAGGACUGGAAGAAAAAGCUCUCUCCUCUCUAAGGAGGCUCUUGAACCCUCUGGAGAGAGCCCCAUCCAAAACAAGGAGAGCACAGGUUGAUGCAAGAGGUGGAAAUGUACUCCCAUAUCAAGAUGUGGCCCAAGGGGUUAAGUGGGAACAAUGGUUAUAUGACUCUUCAGAUUCACAGAGAACCUGUGCUCUGUCUGUUCUGCCUCUCCUGUGAUAGCCCUGGCUUAUCAACUGAUUGCAGGGUAGAACCAACUGUCUGGCACCCAAAUGUCUUCAGCCACAGUUUAUCAAGUAUCCUGUGUGUGUUCCCUUCUGAACUGGUACUCAUAAAUCUGGGAAAGUCUGAUGCUAAGAUACUGCCUGCACUGGAAUGUUAGACAUCAAUUAUAUAACAAGCUGUGUUUUUCUAAGCUGAGAUCUAUUGAAUAAUGUUUACAUUGGUCCCCGGGGAAAUGUGUGCUUGGCCAUUCGAGACAUAAGAGGCCAGAGAAGAUGUCAGGAUGCGGUAAGUGUAAAGACGACCAAUCACGCCUGGGGCCCAGGCUUUCUUUGGGGUCCAGUCCCAGCAUUCAUCCGUGUGAUUAGCAUCUAGUCCACUGAAGUUCUCCAGGAAAUGAUCUUCCACUUGAGCAAUGAUUUACUUGAUAUUAUUUGCACCUUUUUUUCCCUAUAGUUGAGUUGGUGGCCUGCUGAGAUAUGUACCUUGCCACCCAGCUAGGGAUUCCUAAUCACUAGUUAUUACUGCAUUAGUAGGCUCAGAGAGCUUGGUUUGAAGUUCUGGGUAAGAUGAAACCUUUGCUUUGAACCACAGCUCUGGGGCCCCCGCUUCCUCUCCAUUGGAUGAUGACUGUCUGCAUCACUGCCCCAGGCCAUUUGUAACUAAGGUGCCUGACUUUUAGCCACUCCUUCCUUAUGUGUCACUUCUCAGCUCUGGCUGGCCAAGAGCGGGACAGGGCUUUAACCGGAAAUAGCAGCAUACAGUUCCCAGCUGUUCACUGCACAGUAUUGUAUCAUAACUGCAGGAAGUUUUUAUUUGUAAAACUGGAUUUGGGGUACAUUUAUUUGCCCCAGUACCUCUACCUGAAGGCCGAAUCCUAGGGCUGCCAUGGUUACUAGCACACUGAUUCUCCUCAAUAUUGUUCUUCUGGAGCCUACAUAGUAUGGGACAGAGUAACUUAGAAAGCAUCUUUGGUCAUCUUUGUCUCCUUUUUUCCUGGCUCUGAGAUUCUGAAAUCAAAGUUGUUCUCUGGCUCUCACCCUCCCUAGGAAGUCAGGAUUCCACUGACUUCCUGGGCAGCCAGGGGAUUUAAUCUCCCUUGAGAGGAUGACAGAGUGAGUUACGAGUUUGCCUGUGGCUGUGGGAGACCUAUUUCAUCUGGGCCUUUUCCCCUUCAGAUUAGCUUUCCUGAAACAGUGUGCCCCAUAGUUAGGCCUGAGUUUGUAGCUUGUUAAGACACCUUUCAUGAAUACUGUGUUCAAGCCAGACAGAAAAGUCAUGGGACCACUUCCAGAAACCUUUUUGCUGUCAGUCCUGUCAGUCUCAUGACAGCUUGUGGGUUGUGCCAAACACUUUCUGUGGGGAAGGAAUCCCAGAUUUGAGUGGGGCUUUUCCCUGGGCCUUAUACUAGAGAGGCAUUUGUAAUAUGGAGAGAAUCCUUUUUUCACUUUUGCUUAUUAUAUACACUCUCUUUAUGUUCUCUAGCUCUCCUUCAAAGAACCUUUGAAAUAGAAGAAUAAACUCUUCACCUGUCAUGUAUUGUUGCUGCAGAUAGGUAAUGAUUAUUGUGGGAAAUUUGGGUCAUUGACCUUUGUGCUUUCAUUCCUAGAGAUGUUUCCUAUUCCCAUAAGCUAAAAGCCAUUGCCCCGAAGUGUUGGAUGUGGGUUUUCUUACAACCCCCCCCGAUGGCAGAGUUGAGGAACAGGGAACUAGCUUUGUGAAGUUGUAAAGAAACUACUUCCACUUAAACUCUCCCUGGAGUGUGCUUCCCAGCGCUCGCUCAGGCUCUAAGUCUAUCCCUCCUGCAGGGAUGUUCCUUUUGGCAAAUACACACUGUAAUCUUGAAGUCUAAAUUUAUAUGUGAAAUGCUACCUUUUUUAAAAAAGAAACUAAAUAAAAUUAUUUUACUAUCA